GCGCCCGCUGCCGCGGACCCUCGGGUCGAUCCCGAGGCGCCCACCGCGUGGACCCUCGGGCCGGCCCCCAGGAGCCCGGCGCCCCGCGCCGACCCGCCGCCCGCAGUGGUCAUGCGGGCGGCGGGGCUCCUGGAGCCCCGCCCGGCCUCGGCGGCCCGGGGGCGGGCUCCACCCAGCGCAGCGGCAUGGCGCCGAGUGCCCUCCGCCGGCUUCUGGCGCGCGCAGGCCGCCCCGACGGGCGGUGCCUUCUCCGACAAGUACCAGGCGGCGAGACCCCGCAGGGCGUUCUCGCCGCCGCCGCGGGAGGCGCCCGGAGGCGAGGAGGCCCCCCCGUCCGCCGCGGGGCCUGGCGGCGGCGGCAGUGCCGCAAGCCACGCGGCGUCCGUAGGCCAAGAAGACCCCUUCUGGCCCGAGGGGCCCAGCGGCGGGGUCCCAGGCGCGGGCCAGUGGGCGGGGUCGCCCGCGCUGGUUCUGCGCAAGGGCCUUGCGCGGGGCGUGACGACGUGA